CUGGAUGCGGGACUUGGCUUCGCGCGGGGCGCUGCCCAGGCUCCGGAGAGGCGCGCGCGCCCCCGUUUAUUUUGAUUCGGAGCGCUUGUUUUUGUUUACACGCUUCACUUUUCGCCCGGAAGGGGACGGGGACGGCCGAGGCAAAGCGUCGGGGACAGAGACGGCCCAGCCAGCGCCGCGCUGCCUCGGUCUUCCUUCUGGGUCUGCUAUUUGAUUUUGAUUUUUCUGCAAGAAUUUUGCCUUCUUCCCCCCUCGUCGGCAGCGCGAGCAGAUUAGAUCCUUCGGACCUGCCGGGGUUUCUAUUUAACCCCCCCCCCACCCUCAUUCCCUCCAUCAUUUUCUUCAGGAGCACAUUCGCCCUCCUCCUGCACUUUUACGACGGGGGGAGGGUGGGAGGAGGCGAGCGAGCGAGCGAGGAGCAGAGACCGGAGCUUGCCGACCCUUUUGCAAAAGAUCUGAAUAUGAAGCAAGCGGGCUCGGCUCGGCGGGCCUCUUAACCCAAGACCCGAGGAGGACCGGCCGAGGAGAAGCUUCGGCGGAGGAGUCCGUGGAAAGGCUCGGGGGGGUCUCCGGAGCAGGGCGCCCCGUUGGCACAGGGGCCGGCUUUCCUGGGCGGGCCCGCGCCCUUACUUUUGGGGGGAGGGCGGCGGCGGGAAGCCUCCUCGCCCUCCCGGAGCUGGGCCAACCAUGCAGGCUCGCUACUCCGUCUCGGAUCCCAACGCUCUGGGAGUGGUACCCUAUUUGAGCGAGCAGAAUUACUACCGGACGGCGGGCACCUAUGGGGGCAUGGCCAGCUCGCUGGGGGUCUACGCCGGCCACCCGGAGCAGUACGCGGCCGGCCUGGGACGCUCCUACGGGCCCUACCCGGGCCACCAGCCGGUCCAAGCCCCGAAGGACCUGGUGAAGCCGCCCUACAGCUACAUCGCGCUGAUCACCAUGGCCAUCCAGAACGCGCCGGAGAAGAAGAUCACCCUGAACGGCAUCUACCAGUUCAUCAUGGAGCGCUUCCCCUUCUACCGGGAGAACAAGCAGGGCUGGCAGAACUCCAUCCGCCACAACCUCUCGCUCAACGAGUGCUUCGUCAAGGUGCCGCGCGACGACAAGAAGCCCGGCAAGGGCAGCUACUGGACGCUGGACCCCGAUUCCUACAACAUGUUUGAGAACGGCUCCUUCCUGCGCCGCCGGAGGCGCUUCAAGAAGAAAGACGUCUCCAAGGAGAAGGAGGACAGCCUGCGGGAGAAACACCUCAAGGAGCCGGUCAAGGCCGCUGCCGAGCUGGGCAAGGAGCCGCCGCCGGCCGCGGCCCCCGUCCCGGCCUCGGCCGUGGCCCCGUCCGAGAAGAAGGUGGUCAUCAAGAGCGAGGCCUCCUCGCCCGAGCUGCCCGUCAUCACCAAGGUGGAGACGCUGAGCCCGGCCAGCGGCAGCGCCUUGCAGGACAGCCCGCGCAGCGUGGCCUCCACGCGCUCGCUCUCCACCGAGGGCUCCUUGCCGGGCGAGCCCCACCAGCCCCACGCCCACCCGCACCACCACCACGCCGCCGCCGCCAACGGAUUGCCGGGCUUCAGCGUGGAGAACAUCAUGACUCUGCGGACUUCGCCCGGCGCCGACUUGAGCCCCGUGGGCAGGGCGCCGCCUGGCCUCUGCGCCUCCUCCUCCUCCUCCUCCUCCUUGCCUCUAGGCUACGGCCCGGCGCCCGCCUCGUCCCUCUACAGCCAGGCCUGCAGCCAGGGGGGCUUGGGCGAGGCCGGGGGGGGCAGCUACCAGUGCAGCAUGCGCGCCAUGAGCCUCUACACGGGCGAGCGCAACGCGCAUCUCUGCGGCGCCGGGGCGCUGGAAGAGGCCGCGGCUUCGCUGUCCGAGCCCCCGCCGCAAGUGGCCAACGGCGCCCCCUCGCCCCUGGCCGGCCUGAACCUGGCGCCAGGGGGACAGCAGCAGCAGCCGCCGCCGCCGCCGGAGAGCUCCCUCCCUCCCAGCCACCACCACCACCAGCCCGGGCACCACCACCACCAUCAUCCCCUCCCGCACCACCAGGCCCCGGGGCAAGCCGCCGCCGCCGCCGCCGCUGCAGCCGCCGCCGCCGCCUCCUGGUACCUGAACCACGCGUCGGAGAUCAACCAGCCGCUGCCCAGCCACGCCUUCGGCGCCCAGCAACAGAGCUUCCCCAACGUGCGGGAAAUGUUCAACACUCACCGGCUGGGGUUAGAGACCUCGACGGCGCUGAACGAGCAACAGGUGAGCCCCAACUCCACCUGCGAGCUCUCCUACCGGGCUCCGCCCUCCAUUUACCGCCACUCCGCCCCUUAUUCCUACGACUGCGCUAAAUACUGAGCUGACUCCGGGUUAAGCAGACAGACAGAGGGACAGAGGAGACCCGGGAAUGGGGGGGAGGGGGCGCCUGGCCCCCGACGCAGCAGGCGGACUAGAAGGAAAAAUUAGGCCUCUGUGUUUAAAACGUAGUUGGGGAAAGCCAACCAAAUUGACUCUGGUGGUUUGGGGCUUUUUUUUUUUUCCUUUUCUUUUUGGUUGUUUUGUUUUUAAAAACAGAUUUACAGACUUGGGCAGAAAGAAAGAAAGGACAAAAAAAGAAAGAAAGAAAAGGGAGAAAAAUCGCCCCCUCCCCUUUCCCGUCCAAAGUCAAUAAAGAACCCGAAAAUUCGAUAUUUUUUUUCCCAACUCAUCUUUCCAGUCGUGGGGGAGGGGGGGAAAGCAAAAGAAAUUAAAACAGCCAACAUUAGAAACGGAAAAAGGACAGCGUGACCUGGGCUGGGGGUUUUCUCGAACAGAAAUACUAACGACAAUAAUAAUAUAGGAGUCAAAAUGGAUAAACAAUAUGUUGGCGAUGAGGGGGCAAUGGAAAAUCGCCCAUUCCACAAGGACAGCUUAUGCAAUUUUGAAAAGGAGAAAAUAAUAAUGGAUACGCUAUAUAAAUAUAAAUGUAUAAUACGUCUCGACAUGGUUGGUUUUGUUUUAAUGAGGGGAUGAUUCCAUUUAUAAUGUUGUAAAUAUGUGUGGUUUUUGAAUUGGGCUUCCGUGCAGGGCCGUUAAUAUAAUAUUUAAAGUUGAGGUCACUGGAUUAUUCGUCUCUCAGCCCCCCCUACCCCACAGCUGCCAAAUGAAUUAUGCUUUUCUUCUUAUUUCUUUAGUUUUAUGUACAAACUUGCAUUUAAAAAAAAUCCCCUUCUUUUUAAAGUUAGUCUUUUUAUAUGAAUAAUUUAUUUUUCCCUUCCUUGUUGAAUAUUUUCCUGCCCCCCAAAAGUGGAAUAAUAAAAAGAGGAGGGUGGGCAAACCAAAUACUUUUUUUUAAAAAAAAAGUGGGGAAAGAAAAAGCAGAAGUGAGCUUUAUUUUAUUUUUCUUGUAAAAUAGAGUCCCGUUCCCUUUUUUUUUUUUUUUUUUUUUGAGCCUUUCCUCACAUCGCUUUGAUUUUAUGUGGUCUUCAAUUGUUGUAUUCAUUCUUUUGGACAAAUAAGAAUAAUAAACCCGUGCUGUUUAUUUCUCCUUUGAAA